AAGUUCAUGUGCGGCAUGUCUCUUCCAGCCGGGUGCAGGACCGUCUCCUGUGUGUGUGCAGGUGUUGACUUUAAGAUCAAAACCGUAGAGCUAAGAGGAAAGAAAAUUAGGCUACAGAUCUGGGACACGGCAGGUCAGGAGAGAUUCAACAGCAUUACCUCAGCUUAUUACAGAAGUGCCAAGGGGAUCAUAUUAGUCUACGACAUCACUAAGAAGGAGACAUUCGAUGAUUUGCCAAAAUGGAUGAAGAUGAUCGAUAAGUACGCUUCGGAAGACGCGGAGCUUCUCUUAGUUGGAAAUAAGUUGGACUGUGAAACUGACAGAGAGAUCAGCAGACAGCAGGGUGAAAAGUUUGCACAGCAGAUAGCUGGGAUGCGGUUCUGUGAAGCGAGCGCCAAGGAUAACUUCAAUGUAGAUGAGAUCUUCCUGAAGCUUGUCGAUGACAUCCUGAAAAAGAUGCCCCUGGACAUGCUUAGGAACGAGCUGUCCAACAGCAUCCUCUCAUUACAACCCGAGCCUGAGAUCCCCCCAGAGCUGCCCCCGCCCAGACCACACGUGAGAUGCUGUUGACUCGCCGCUUUGGAGGCGAAGUGGGCGCAAUUCCUGGACAGGGGGACGGUCGCAUUCUGCACUACAAUCAUUUUGACAAUUUCCUCUCGCACUUUGUAAUCCACGUCAGAGCUAUACACUAACUUGUAAAUAUGCAGAUAUGCAAUCCUGGGUAAGUUUGGGUUAUAAAUGACAUAUUUCCCUCCAAAUUAUUAUAUUUCAUUCAUCAUCCCAAUGCCUAGUGUGUGUACACUGGGAACGUCGUACUUCUGAUACGAAGAACAGGAGAAAUGAGAGCUAUAAUGUUUCUGGAAAUACAUAAUAUAGUUGUCCUUGUUAACUAUAUUAUGAGGAUGGAGAUAUUCUGAUAAGAAGAAAGAACGUGGUGCUUUGCUUACUGUUUUAAAGAAAAUUUGUAAAACUAAAGACUUUGGGGGGAGAAAAAACAACCUUGAAUGCUUUUUCUUUAUUUACAUUUCUCCCAGCUGUAGCAUCUUUGAAGAUUGGAGUGUUUCCCACAAAGCGAGCUCCAUGCUUGCUUAAAGGUCUUGAAGGUUAUUUAUUCACAUUAAUGGUAGAACAUAACUAGUUAGAAUGUAGGACUUGAAUUGGUCCUGAGGCCUCGGAAUCUGUCUGGUUUCCUAAUGAACGCACUCUGUGCUUUUAAGAACUACAAAGAUUCAAUAAAAGAAAUGUUUUUGAAACUAUAGAAGAUUUUAAAAGAACGCUGCUGUCCUACACAAAUCCUGUUUAAAGGAAUUUUAAAGAGAUGCAUUUUACUAUAUCAAAGAAUCUACACAUAUUUGCCUAAACAUUCUAUAUACCUUUGUAAUGAUAAAACCUCUCCCCUCGACGGUGAAGCUUAUUCCUAUUAAGCCUAGACUGUGUUUUUUUUUUUUUCCUGGUCUGAUAAUGAAUUUGUGAACUCUUAUCUUCGGUAUAUCUUUUAUUAAACUGCACUGUUUGUUUAGUCAAGGUAAAUAAGUCAUUAUGUAUUUGAAUAACUUGGCGUGUCUUGAGUGUUGUGAUAUGAGAAGCAUUGUGGUCCUUCUACACUAAUGAAGUGCAAAUAAAAUUUUGUAUUUAUGAAUGACA